AUGUACUCGCGGAUCCAAAUUGCGCCCGUCGUCGAUCAGCGCGCGUUCGCCGCCGCCGACCAGUUGUACGGCGUCGAGGUUGCGGAGCAGGACUACCGCGGCGUCGCGUAUCCGCAGUAUGCGACGUCGAGCGCGGCGCGUUACGCGCAGUAUGCGUAUGCGGACGAUGACCUGGACAUCGACCUGUCGUCCCGGUUUGGGAAGCAUGCAGAGGAGGCAUUUGGACAGUUCAUGAACGACAGCGACAACGCGCUGUCGUCGCCGAGUGGGUGCAUGCCGUUCGUGCACCACGCGGCGGAGUUCGCGGUCGACGGCACGCAGGUCUCUGUGGACGUUUGUGGGCUGAGAGCGGGACAGUAUGCGUCGCAGCAGGCCCACGUGAACGCGGCUUCGUACGCGGGGACAUCGACGGAGUUUGCGGCGGGGCACGCGGCGUGCGUUCCCGCGGAUCCUCGCCCCUACGGCUCGCAGGAGGUGGGUCCCGAGCUUUCGCACGCCGACGCGGGCAGUCCGCCUUCGCCUUCGCGGUACGGCAGGGAUCAUCAGCCCGCCUACGUCAUCGCCGGCAGCCUCGCCCACUUCAAGCAGGAGCCCCAAGACGAUCAGCCGAUCGCCGCCUCCUGGCCCGUCUACGGCGGCGGCCCUCUCGCGCCGUCCUUCCCCGCCAGCCCCGGCCUCGCCGUCCCCGGCGAGGACCAGUACGCCGCCGACCUCCAGUACGCCGAUGCCGACUACGGCUACGACGACACCGCCCCGAUCUCGCCCCUCAGCGACUCCGCCUACGGCGACAGCGAGGACCUCGACUUCGGCGCGUCCCUCCCCGUCGCCCUGCACCACCCCUCCCCCUUCCGCAGCUACACCCUCGCCGCCGCCAUCACCCCGCUCCCCGAGCCCGCCCCCGAGCACGAGCCGAAGCGCGCCGUCUCCCUCCCCGCCGCGACCCCGCAGCCAGCCGCCUCCGCCUCCACCCCGCCGUCCGCCGCCGCGCCGGCCCCCCGCCCGCGCGGCCGCCCGCGGAAGAAGCCCGUGGCGCAGGUGCACGCUGUCGGCUACCCGUACCCCGCCCCGCUCUCGCUCGACGAGCUCCCGCUCCCGGACCGCGAGGGCAAGCCCGGCCAGGCGCUCUUCCGGCUCACCACCACCGGCGGCCCGCGCGAGCCCCCGAAGAAGAAGCCGGUCAUGGCCUGCCUGUUCUGCCGCGAGCGCAAGAUCGCGUGUGGGCCGCCCGUCCCCGGCAGUGCCGAGCUGCGCUGCAACCAGUGCGCGCGCCGCUCGCUCCGGUGUGAGUACCCGAAGGAGUCGCGCAGGGGGCAGCACAAGCGCGGGCCCCGCGCCGCGCGCGUACAGGCCCUCGCCGACGCGCACAGCAGCAGCGGCAGCAGCAGCAACAGCAGCUCGGAGACGCUGCCCGACGUCUUCCCGCGCGCCGUGCCCAUGGACGUCGAGUGGGGCCCCAUCCGCUCCGCCUGA